AUGUUAAAUUUCCCCUUUCCGCAGAUGAAACACCAAGAAAAACCAGCAGAGGAAAAUGUAACUGAACUGAUGGGAUUUGUUCUUUUGGGCUUUGCGGAUGUUUUCCUUCUCCAGUCAUUUCUGUUUGGCUUGUUUUUAGUCAUGUACAUCAUUAUCUUGGUGAGCAAUGGCAUCAUACUCCUAGUAACAAAACUAGACCCCACUCUCCACACCCCCAUGUACUUUUUCCUGGGAAAUUUUUCUUUUUUGGAAAUCUGCUAUGUGUCAAUUACUCUCCCCAGAAUGCUCAUGAAUCUGUGGACCCAGAGAAGAACGAUUUCUUUAGUUGCCUGCGCUACACAAAUGUGCUUUAUGCAUAUGCUGGGAGCCACAGAGUGUCUCCUCCUGGCCGUGAUGGCCUAUGACCGCUACAUAGCCAUUUGUAACCCUCUGCACUAUCCUCUAGUCAUGAACCACAAAGUGUGUGUCCAGCUGGUGGUUGGCUCCUGGAUCAGUGGAAUUCCAGCCCAGAUAGGGCAGACAUGCCAGAUUUUCUCUCUGCACUUUUGUGGGUCUCAUUUAAUCAACCACUUCUUCUGUGACAUCCCCCCAGUACUCAGCCUGGCCGGUGGGGACACAUUUUUGAAUGAAAUGAUGGUGUACAUAGUUGCUGUAUUAUUUGUUAUGGUUCCAUUUCUGUUGAUCCUUAUCUCCUAUACCAAAAUCAUCUCCACAAUCCUUAAAUUGCCAUCAGCCACAAGUCGGGCCAAAGCCUUCUCCACCUGCUCAUCUCAUCUCAUGGUUGUAGCAUUGUUUUACGGCUCAGCCACUAUUACCUAUUUACAACCCAAGACCAGCCACUCAGCAAGAACUGGUAAAGUGCUUUCUCUCUUCUAUACCAUCGUGACUCCCAUGUUUAACCCCAUGAUAUACAGUCUAAGGAACAAGGAUGUCACCAUGGCCCUGAGAAAAUUGUUACAGAAAUAA